GCAACCGGAGCCGCUGGCGACUGGCGGUGGAUCCAGUGGAGUUAGUGGAGCUAGUGGUGCCAGUGGUGUCAGUGGUGCCAGCACCUCGACGAAGACGCAGCGCCUGAACAAGGUCUCCUUCGCACCGCUGGACCUUCCGUUUCCCAGCGGAGCCACGUGAUACGCGAAUGCGAAUGCCAGCACCAGCUCCAGCUCCAGCAUGCCGCACCACAACAUCGUCUGCGAGUGGCUGCGCACCAUUGGACUGGCCCACUACGGCGACAGCUUCCUGGAGAACGGCUACGAUGAGCUGGAGAUCUGCAAGCAGAUUGGCGAGAUCGAUCUGGAUGCCAUCGGCGUUGAUAAUCCCUCGCAUCGCGGCAAACUGCUGAAGAGUGUGCGCAUGCUGCGGGAGAAGGGCGCCGCCAUUGUCUAUGUCCUGAUCAACGAUCCCAAGGCACUGAGCAGCAGCAACGAGAUCCUGGCCACCGACUGUGAUACGCCGGUGACCAUGAAGGAGCUGGAGGCGGUCAUGAAGCGCCACCUCGAGGCGGAUGGCAUACGACUCACCGCCCAUCCGUACUCCACGCCGGAGGGCAAACGAGGCUACCUGGAGGGCCUGGCCGCCCACUACAGCAAACAGAUCAACAUGCCCUACGACGACGUGCUGGACGCCAUCGAGCAGGUGCGCCUGUCCAAGUGGAAGGAGCGCCACGUGCGCAUCUCCACGGGGCACACGCUCUCCCGCCGGAUGGCCGGGCCCAGCUGCAGCGGAACGGGCCUGGUCAGCUCCUCGGUGAUGCCCACCAGCCACAGCCAGCCGCUCUAUGUGCCCGGCAAGUACUUGCCCUCCAGCUGCCUAUCGAAUCGCGAGGAGAACGAGAUCUACAGCUACACGCAGAAUGAUUUGGCCAAUCGCAUGGCCCGGAACGCCAUCGACUCCAAGUCGGCACUGAAUCUGAACGGGAUGCAGCACAGUUAUCCGGGAGCACGGACCAAUUUCUUUUACGACUUUUCGGCAACAGAGGGCCGGAACAAGCACAAGCAGCGGAGAACGGUCUUCCACAGGUUUUUGCAGGGCCUCCGGCAAAGUGGAGAUGAGCUGAACGCCACGGAGGGAAUGCAGUUGAAGACCAACGAACGCCUGAGAAACUGCAGCACGAUGAAGCGACCAGAGCCGCAUCAGGACUUUGAAAAGACCAUACAGAGACUAAAGACACAGAAGGCGGCCCAGAAGAAGCCAGCCAGUGCACCAAUGGAAAUGGCCAUACAUGACCGGAACAAGGAGGUGGCCCACACCCAUGUGAACGAGAUGCCGCUCAAUAAUUAUACGAAGCAUCCCUAG